GAGCUAAAGGCGGAGGAGCGUUCAGUCGGACGCUCUCGGGUUGUGGAGCAGCAGCAGCGGCGCGAGCCCGCGGUGGGGGACCGCGUCAGGCUGUUUUCUAUUGACCAGUGAAGAGCCCGCAGAGAGGACAAACAGUGGAGGAAGUGAGCAGAGGCGAACACAGUAAUUGCAUUUUUGUUUGCCCUGUGGGGAAAAUGGGCUAUAUGACCCCAUCAUUCACCUGUAAGGCUCCCCAGUAAACAGAAGGAUGACAGAAGCAGCUGUAGAAAACACAGAGGUGUUCAUCAAACCCUGCGAUGUGAUGUCAUGCCAGAGCUGCCCCUCCCCACCGCCAUGCCUCCCUCUCUGCAAUCAGAAGGAAGGUGAGGACCGUCAGGCUGACGGUAAAAAGCUCGAGCAGCAGAAACACUGCGACCAGGUGCAACCAAAGAAAAAACUCAAGGCCAAAGGGAAGUUAGUGCGCAGCAUGGCUGUCAGCGAGGAGUCCUUCCCGCUCAAAGAAACCAACCCCUCUCCAGACGCAAACAUCUCACCGAGCUGCCAUGACAACCAGAUGACUUCCUGUAAGGAGGAAGAACAGACAAGCUCGGAUCCAAAGAUGCAUUCACUGUCCAAAGAGUCCAGCGUGGAGUACAAGGACUCCACCGGCAUCGACCUACAUGAGUUUAUUGUCAACACCCUGAACGGCAACCCCAGAGAACGUCUGAUGCUGCUCACGCUGGAGCAAGACAUGAUCGACUUCCUCACCAGCAGUAGCCCCUUUAAAAAGUUCCCUCACAUGUCAUCCUACCACCGUAUGCUGGUCCAUCGGGUGGCGGCCUACUUCGGCAUGGAGCACAACGUAGACCAGACCGGGAAAUCUGUCAUCAUCAACAGAACCAGCAACACACGCAUACCGGAGCGGCGUUUCCUGGACGAGGUGCCUAAAGAGAAGACCACUGACAUCCACCAGUGGAGAACCAUUUUGAAGAGGGACAACAGUUCAGACGAGCAGGGCCGGCGCCACAUUUUCCGCGAAAAGCAAAGCAAGUCGAUGGAGGAGAGAGAGGAGGAGUACCAAAAGGUGCGGGAACGAAUCUUCAACAAAGAGCCACCCUGUACUCAGGAGAGCGCCCGUGUGGAAACCAGGGAUGUGGAGGAGUACAAUCCAUAUGCUGAGACCCAGAGGAAAAGACUGCUCUUCAGGGGGAGCCGUGACAGCUCAGGCUCCAGCUGGACAGGAAGCAGCAGGCAGAGCAGCACUGAGACGGACUGUCGCUAUAGCAACGACCCCCGACCCUGGAGCAGCACCGAGUCGGAUUCCACCAACCAGUGGACAAGUUUCACCCCCAAACCCCACCAACUUGCCUGUCCCAGCUGGGACGCACGAGGUUCAGGCUCCAUCUCUCUUUACAGACUGUCGCCCGCUUGUCCUCGCUCUUCUCCUCCUCCCAUCAUCGAGGAGACGCCUCCUAACUCUGCCUUCAUUGCGGAGAACGGCAUCCCACCGGGGAGCAUAUUAGUGAACCCAGCCACCGGGCAGCCUUUCCUCAACCCCGACGGAACGCCUGCUGUGUACAACCCUCCAGACAAUCAGCAGCCAAUCAGGAGCCAGACUCAGCUGCAGGCAUCUCCGCCCCAGGUGGUUCAGUACGCGUCUGUCUCUUACACAGCUCCACAGAUGUUGCCUGUCCCCCCCUCACAGCCAUACUCGACAGUUGAAGAUCUCUCCUCACAGUUCGCUCAUGUGACAGUGAGCUGCCAGUCCACAGGAGACGGACCACCCGUCUACCCUCCCAGUCAGGGUUACAUCUAUGCAGCAGCUCCUGCCCCGCUCACCCCCUCCAGCUACUUCCAGCCCUCACCUCAGGUGCCUGUGUAUUAUUUUGGACAGUACCCUACCUCAGCUCAGCACGGCUGCAGACCAGUCUCACCCACCCAGCAUGUCCACAGCCAAGCAGCACAACCAACAGGUUACAGUCCUGCUAUGAGGGUGCAGCCAUCUUCCCACACCCAACCCCAACCGGUGAUGGGCACCUACCCACCGGUCGCCCCCCUCCAGUGUAGCAUGGUUCAGGGGGGUGCUUCGGUGCCCUUUCCCCAAAGUAAAGUUGUAACUGGGGGAGUUGGGGAUGCGGGAUACUGCUGCGUGGCUCCCCCUCCCUCCCACCACGGUAGCUGCCAUCCUCCCAGCUGCUCCAACCUCAGCGCGCCGGCCUGGAGCGCGCAGUACUGACGGAGCGACGACACCUCGGCUCCCGCUCCAAGUCACAUGCUCGCACACGUUUUGAAACACAAACACAUUGUUUCGCACUCCUACGCUCAUCUCCCGAUGAUGUGGGCGCGCUGUUCGCACACGGAAAACAUAACCCUCGCUCACAGAUAAAUGUUCCACUGUACCAAAGCUUUAGUAGAAAAUAUAUCAGAGCUGCUGUACUGAAUGCAUAAUUUAUAUACACAAAUGGGAGUUUUAUAUUGUUAUUAAAUUAUAUAUUGUGUUUUAAGGAAAUGCACUGUGUGAAGAGAAUAAAGUGCCAUGGCUUGACUGAUGAGGUCACACUGUCUGCAUCAUCCUUCCUCUGAACUUGACGACAGUAUUGACAGAUGCAGCUAGAA